CGAUGCACGAGCUCAAACGGGUGUCCAGAGAGUUUUUGUUUGGUUGAGAAAUACAACGUGCGUUCUUGUACAAUACACAUAGUAGUACUCGUCUUAAAGAUAACGCUGCCGUCCAUUCUCAUCUCCUUGGAUACAUCGUUAAACUUGUUCGUCUCCUUCCAAUCGAUGCUGAGAUCAGAGCAACAUAAGGAACACACGAAUUUCAUGUUUUCUUCCUCUUUCGUUUUCCAAAUUCAUCUCGGAGUUGAACAAAAUGAGCUUGCAGCAAAACGAACAGCAGCUGUGGCAAAGAAAAAUACUGUCACCAAGUCGCAUACCGUCUCCGAUAACCCUCGAGUGUUUACCAGAUUCCCCAAACGAGCAGCAGCAGAAGCAGCCUCGCCCCUGUUCUAGGGGCCUCGCUGCAAUCUUCUCUCUGUUCCCAAAGACUCAGCACUCUAGCGAAUCAAGAUACGAGAAGCAGGUUGCAGAACUCCAAGAGGAAAUUGGUCGACAAAGAGAGCUGAAGACGACCUAUAAGGCCCGUCUCGAGAGGACGCAGGAGUAUCUGAGGUACUGUCUGGAGAUCGCCAAGGAAAAUGGAUUCUUGCACCUCUUAUCCAGCGACACAGAAGUCUACGUUUCUGCAAAAAUGGAGAAAAAUUCCAGUUUGCAGGAAAUUGAUCAUCAAAAUUUGACUGGUAUAGUUGAUCAAGCGAAGCUCAACAAUUGGUACAUAGAGCCGGAUGAGAUCGAUGUCCACGAGCAAAUCGGCAGCGGAACCACCGCCAACAUCUACAGAGCGACAUGGAGAGGCCUGCCCGUCGCCGUCAAGUGGAUCCACCCUUCCGUACUCCAUUCCGGAGAAGGAAGCGGGGACCUGGCCUGGUUCGUCCAGGAGCUCGACAUCCUCUCGCGCCAGCGCCACCCCCACGUCCUCCGCCUGAUGGGCGCUUGCUUCCGCACUCCGAGACAGGGGUGGGUGGUCACGGAGCUCCUGAGUGGAAAGACGCUCGCGGAGUGGCUUCACGGGCACAAAGGGCGGGAGAAGACGAGGCGGGCGCCGCUUCCGCCUCUGAAGGAAAGGGUACUGAAGGGGCUGGAGAUCGCUCUGGCGAUGCAGUACCUUCACCUGCAAAAGCCCAGGAUCCUCCACCGGGACCUGAAGCCGAGCAACGUCCUGUUGGACGACGCGAUGCGUGUGCGGGUGGCAGACUUCGGGCAUGCUCGCGUGCUGGACGAGGGCGAGGAGGCGCUCACAGGAGAAAUGGGAACUUACGUGUACAUGGCGCCUGAGGUGAUCCGUUGUGAACCAUACACAGAGAAAUGUGAUGUUUACAGCUUUGCCAUCAUUCUAAAUGAGCUUGUAACUGGUGAACAUCCAUAUAUUGAGACCAAUUUUGGUCCCGGCAAGAUUGCACUGGAAGUGAGUGAAGGAAGGCUUAGGCCAAAUCUGAAAGAGUAUGAGGGGCAAUGCAAGGAGCUCAGAGAACUUAUAUCUUGUUCUUGGCAUCAAAAUGCUGAAAGUAGACCUGACUUUGCAGCUAUCACUUUGACUCUUGGAAAGGUACUAGAUGAGUUGAAGUAUAGUUGCUAGUGUUACGUGAUAUGGCCAAAAAUUUCAGUUAAAACUUGCAUGCAUAUCACUGUUCUUCGUUUAUACCUGAAAUUUUUGUUUCAUUUAAGAUUGUUGUAUUGUCCUCGUGAAUUUCUAAAUUUUAUAAUGAAGAGAAUACGCUUAUGAGCUAAGUAUUUUGAAGUUGGCUAAGAUUUGGGAGAUUAUAUAAGUGUACAACAACAGUAGGAGUACUCUGUAAACUAAUCUAUCUAGUUGUAGUAAAACAAGGCAUCCUCCGAGCCCAAAAGAUCAUCAAAGGAGCAGAUAAAUGGAGGGCUCAACUCUCUCACCAUCCAAUUCCCUGCAGCCGCCUCUAUAACUAAAUUGUUGUCAACAUCUGUCAGUGAGUUACUCCAGUUGAAAUUUUCUUCCAUCUCAAUCUCCAUGAAUGCAUUUGGAUCGAUGUUGCAAGAGUCUGCUUCCUUGAUCUCAUCCAACAUGGCUAUAUUUUCUGUGCAUGGUUGUGUAUUGAGGCUGUGACAAUGAGCUAAGCCUGUUGAUUUCUGCAUCUUCUUUUUGACAAUUUUAUUCCAGUAAUUCUUAAUUUCAUUGUCGGUACGUCCUGGUAAGCGUCCAGCUAUUAGAGACCACCUAUAUCAAUAUCAGAGGUUACUCAUCCUAAAAGCUUAAAUGUUGUUUUUCCUUUUAAGAAAAGUCAAAUCUAUAUAUUCAUAUCCUCACAUAAGGCAAGCUGAGAAGAAGUAGAAGUACCUAUUUCCUAGAAGCUUAUGAAGCCUGAUGAUGAGAUCUUCCUCUUCUUCAGUUAUGUUGCCUCUCUUGAUAUCAGGCCGAAGAUAGUUAAGCCAACGAAGUCGACAACUCUUUCCACUGCGUUUGAGGCCUAUUCCGAUGAGUCAAAUCAUUUAUCCCUGUAAUGAACAAUUCUGUUGCAAUAUAGCAUGUUUUCUUACCAGCUUUUCUUGCAAUGCUUGACCAUUUUUUGGCUCCAUGAGCUUCGAUGCAGGAUAUCAGGACUUGGUCUUCCUCUCUUGUCCAGGUUCCUCUGUGCCAGACUCGGAUGCUAUGCCUUCGAUCCAUUCUAUCAGCAACUCAUUUAUCCUGCGAGGCUUCUCUUCCUCUUGUUCUAGUUAUAUAAGUAGGACAGGUUUCUAAAUGGAUGAAAGAUGGAAUCAUUUGGUUUAUUUGGUUUACUUGCAUGAAAGGUAAACUGGGUAGAUUGCGUCCGCGCCCCAUCAACUCAAUCCUGACUCAUUCUACUACCUUUAAACACAUCCAGUUCGUGUGCAAAUUAUACUGCUAAUUCCAGGUUUAGUUACAUUGGUGAAUCUUGAUGACAAGGAUUAAACUUAUUGAGCAACAGGAAGACUGGUGAAGCUGGAAAUCUUUCUCUUGGGGAGAAUUGAGAAAUGCAGAGUUGUGUGAAGUAAGAAUCAUGGACUUUUCCACAACUAGAAGAAAGCCAACUUGGGCUUCCACAACAAGGUCCGGGGUGGUGUGUUGGGAGCACGAACUGUCGUCAUGAAGCCUGAAAUGCUCCAGGAAUUAUUCGCAGCCAGUCGAAUUGAAUGGCGACGGAUUCGAUUGGCCAACUUGAAAAAAAAAUGAUUAAUCAGGUUAGAUAAUGUUGAGGCUGAGGUGAUCGAGACUUGGAAUAUAUCUGAUUCAGUCCAACCUAAAAUGUGUUGAGGGUGGGGCUCAAUUUUUUUAAAAACAAAAUAGAGAAAAAUAAUUACAAUGAA